AUGGAGGAAAUACAAGACACUAAUACUACAACUCUGAAGGUUCUAAUGGUUCCAUGGUUAGCUCAUGGUCAUGUAAUCCCUUAUUUAGAACUAGCCAAGAAACUCUCCAACACCAAUGUUUUCUCCAUAUACUUUUGUUCAACACCUAUCAUUCUCAAUUCCAUCAAUCAAGAAAAUCUACCAAAAAACAUCCAACUAGAAGAAUUCCCUUUACCAUUAUCAAUACAACUUCCUAGCCACCACCACACCACCAAUGGCCUACCAAAAAACCUGCUUUCAACCUUAAUCCAAACUUUUGGAGAAGCUGACUCAACCUUUGCCAAAAUUCUUGAUUCACUCUGUCCUGAUUUGCUUAUAUUUGAUGGUUUUCAACCAUGGGCACCAAAGCUUGCUUCUUCAAGAAAAAUUCCUGCCAUUCAUUUCAUGAUUGUUGGCUCUGCUUCCAUAUCGUUCUUCUAUCACCAUUAUCUCUAUGCUGGCAUAAGAAACUUUCCAUUCUCAGGAAUUUUCCUUAAGGAUUAUGAGGUAAAGCAACUCCAACUUGCCGCAGAAAUGAACAACAUAGGACCAGAUGUUGCUUUCUAUGCAGUGGAAAAAUCCCAUGAAAUUAUCUUGACCAACACUUGUAAUGAAAUAGAGGGGAAGUAUGUUGAUUAUCUCUCAACUCUAAGCAAUAAAAAAGUCAUACCUGUAGGUCCUCUUAUUCGUGAAACGAAAAUAACUAUAGAGAAUGAGGAGAACUCCAAGAUUAUCCAAUGGCUAGACAAAAAGGAUGAGUCCUCUUGUGUUUAUGUUUCAUUUGGAAGUGAAUAUUUCUUGUCCAAAGAGGAAAUUGAAGACAUAGCUCAUAGUUUAGAGCUAAGUGAGUUGAGCUUCAUUUGGGUACAUAGGUUUCCAUUGGGUGAAGAAAUUAACAUUGAAAAUGCUUUACCAAAAGGCUUUCUUGAUAGAGUUAAAGAAAAAGGUAUCAUUGUGGAAAAAUGGGCACCUCAAGCAAGAAUUCUUGAGCAUGCAAGUGUUGGGGGAUUCUUGUGCCAUUGUGGAUGGAAUUCGAUACUAGAAAGUUUACAUUUUGGAGUUCCUCUUGUAACCAUGCCUAUGCACCUUGAGCAACCUACUAAUUCAAGAAUGGUGGUCGAGCUAGGGACAGCUAUGGAGGUUGUGAGAGAUGAAAAUGGGAAACUGAAUAGAGAAGAGACCGCAAAAGUGAUAAGAAAUGUGGUGAUGGAGAAGAAUGGUGGAGAAAAAGUGAAGGCAAAGGUGAAAGAAUUGAGGAAAACGAUAAGAGAGAAAGGAGAAGAAGAGUUUGAUCAAGUUGUCAAGAAGUUAUGGCAUCUUUCUACCAAGAUUAAGUAGUGAACACUUUGAUGGCAUAAAAGAAGAGUGCAAAAUGGAGUGAUUUUAUUUGCGUGAAAUAAUUGAAUGUACUGUUCUGUUUGUUCUGGAAAUCUGCGGUAUUUCCCUACCUUUGA